AAAGCAAUAACUGACGCCUCAGUUGUUACCACAAAUCAGAUUCCACUUUCUCUACUAAAAACAGCGCAUGCCAUGUCUGCCUCGGCCGUUACACCAAGACCUACCAUUGCCAUGGUAACGGCUCUAAGCAAUCCUCAGAAAUCAGUGGUUAAUGCGGAGUCACAAAGCGCACCCAUCAACCUUCAGAUCACCAACAAAUUGACAACUCUAGGGACAGACGCUGUGCGAAUAAUGCCAAAAUCAGCUGUACAGUUGCAGGUGCAGUCUACAAGUUCCCCACCAAUCAAGGUUCCUCAGUUCAUUCCUCCACCUAGACUGACUCAACGCCCAACGCUCUUACCACAGGUUCGUCCGAAACCAGUGAUGCCAAAUAGUAUUCCUAUUGCACCCGCACCUGUGUUUACGACUUCGCAACUAAUCCAGCGACCUGUGAUGCUGACAAAAUUCACGCCCGCUUCUCAACCAUCAGCUGCAAAUUCCAUACAUCAGGCUAGAAUUAUGAAUGGACAACCAACUGCUGUCACCAAAACUUUACCAACUGCACAGCUGACAAGCAUUGUCAUAGCAACCCCGAGUCCUAAAGUGGUUGGCCCCCAACAGCUGAAGCUCAGCAAAGCAAAUCUGGAGAAUAAGACUAUCAAACUUCAGGUGGAAUGGGAAGAAAGACCAAAUGACAGCAGUCCCACGUCACCAGUUCCACCUAAACCCAAGAGAGAGGAGAACCCAGAGAAAGUUGCUUUUAUGGUUUCUCUGGGGUUGGUUACACAUGAUCACCUCGAAGAGAUCCAAAGCAAGAGGCAAGAAAGGAAGCGACGAACAACUGCAAAUCCAGUGUACAGUGGAGCAAUCUUUGAACCAGAGCGCAAAAAGUCUGCAGUUACCUACUUGAACAGCCCUGUGCAACCUGGGACUCGGAGAAGAGGUCGCCCACCUAAGUACACUAGUGUGCUGGGUAUAGGGGCUAUGGCACCUUCCUCCCCUCCAAGUCAUCCUGCCUCCCCAGAUUUCGAAAAAACAGAAAGUUUGCUCAGUUUUGGUGCUCCAGCACAGUCUGCAUCCAGCCCCAGCUCUGUAGAUGGUUUGCCCUAUUUAGCCACAAGGGCUACUUUACAAAGGGGCCCUGUCAGCAAGAUACAAGAUGAGACAAACGACAUUGAAAACAUCACAAAAAAUACAACCUUGUCUGGUGACAUCCAUGAGGAUUUCUGCUCUGUGUGUCGGCGUAGUGGACAGCUGCUGAUGUGUGACACUUGUUCUCGUGUGUAUCACCUGGAGUGCCUGGACCCGCCAUUAAAAGCCAUUCCCAAAGGAAUGUGGAUUUGUCCCAAAUGUCAGGAGCAGAUCCUUAAGAAGGAAGAAGCAAUCCCGUGGCCUGGAACAUUAGCUAUUGUCCAUUCUUACAUUGCCUACAAAGCUGCAAAAGAAGAAGAAAAGCAGAAGUUGUUGAAGUGGAGUGCGGAGCUAAAGCAGGAGCGAGAACAGUUAGAACAGAAAGUCAAACAGCUGAGUAAUUUCAUAUCUAAAUGCAUGGAGACUAAGAACACUUUACUUGCCCGACAGAAGGAUAUGCAGACUUCAUUGGAAAAAGUGAAACGGCUUAUCCAAUUGAUCCAGGGUAUACAGCUCUCAAAAAAUGCCACACUGACGGAUGAGACGAUCAACAGCCCCACAGACUGCAUGAACUCCCCUGCCACUGCAUCUUCACCUGUGAACUGUGAUAGUAACUCAGAAACCAAGUAGCUGAAAGAACGGGCUGGAUUUUGAAGAAUGUAUAAUUCUGGGAACAAAAUUGUGAUGGGCAGUUCCUGAUUUGCCAACUUAAAGGGAGAUUCUGUGCUAGAUUGUGUUCUUAUAGAUCCAUAUUGGGAGUACAAGCUGGGUAAGGACCAGCGCCAAGCCAAGUGAAAAUACCAGUGUGUGCCUGCUGCCACCAGUUUGGUUUUAAGUUUGCCUGCUCUUCAGGGAAAUAGGUAGAAAACAAUGGCAGAAACCUAGUCAGCUGUCCUGGUCUUGAAUUGUAUUCUCACAAUUCCCAACUCCAGGAUUACUUGAGCAGAAUGGCAGAACAUUUAGUACAAUGCAACAUAAUGGAGAAAAAAAAUUGUGCAGUAUGCAAAGGUUGGCAUGAGAACAAAGAGGUAGCAAUCAUUGAACUGUGACUGAAGUAGUGAAGGUUGAGUCAGAAUUACAGACAGAGCGGUACAUUGUGUAAUGAACACAACACAAAGUACAGAGAUUCUCUCCUUAUUUUAUUUACGAGGAACAGAAAUGUAGGUUUAUGAUUGGGAUUGGUAGGCGGUGGCACCGAAAACCAUGCAUGGCUUUUGAUGAAGAGUAUUUCUUUCUUAAUUUGAAAAAAAGUCACAUGCUUGUUCAUUAUUCAAGUAAGUUUUUCAGUGCUUAGGCACUGGAAAAGGUACAAGAGGGACAGACUGAAUUUGUCCUGAGAUUUUUGUUUUUUUUAACAGGUUAGGGAAAUAUUCAGGUCUUCCUAGUGUUAAAGAAAUUAGAUCAAGUAAACUGUUGAGUACUCUUAUUUCCUAAUGAGGUGAUUUAUAGAAAACAAAGUGUUAGAAAUUGAGCAGAUUCUGUAUAUAUAAAUAUAUAUAUACACACACACACACACACACACACACACACACACACACACACACACACACAUAUAUAUAUAAAAAAAAUUCUGUGUAUAUAUAAAAAGGAAAAAAAAAUCUGUUAUUGUCUGAACUGCCAAAUGCUUCUAUAUUGAACCUGCAGGGAAUGAUCUUCAGUUUACUGGGGAAUAUACUGGAACAGUUUUACAGUUCUUACUAUUUCCAUCUUUAAGACAAGUGGAUUGAAGGUCACAGCUAACGAGAUCAGUUAAGUAAAUCAGUCAUAGGUGAUCAGUUGUGUAAAGAAUGCAAAAAGUCUGUCUGUUGUGCAAGUGCAGCCGGAAUGGAAAUUUAUAUUAUCUUUGCAUUAAUAUUUAAUGUUGGUUGUACUUAAUUCACAUCAGGGUGUGCUUGCCUUUACAUUUGGCACUAGGUAAAAAUUUCAGCCAUUUAUACUUACAUUUGUAAUUAUUAGCCAAACAAUGUGCAGAUGGAAGAGACUAUUACUGAGGAGUUUCUUCUAAAUCAGUUAUGGUGGGGAUUCAGUUUUCCUUAUUGCUGCUUGCCCAACCUGGCAAUGGUACGUAAAUAGAACGGACUUCAGAAAUUUUUGGGAAGUGGGUGCGGGGAUAGGAAUUUGCCUAGAAGUGGUCGCAAUUUUCUGCUGUUAUUUAGUGAUCUUUUACAAUGUUUUUAACUCAAUUCUGGAACAUAACUCAUUAAAGAUAUUUUUAAUAAAAUUGAUAUUCCAUAUAAAUGAUUUAAAAAACCAACAGAAUAAUGAUCAAAACUGUCUCAAAAUCAAAAGAUGAAAGCUUUUCAAAAUUAGUUCACAACCAAAUAACUGCUGUUGAGGACUGAAGUAGUAUUUUAAAUAAAUGAAAAUGGUUGCAGAAAUGUUUCUGAAUGUCAACCAAAAUCUUUGUUUUUCUUUAUUCUCUAUCCCCCUUAACAUUAGUACUUUCCUCAGCACUUCAAUGUGCAAACACAUUCUUGCCCGACAUAUUAUUCUACGCCAGGGCAGUCCUGAUUGAAGAUGUCUCCACGACUUCUGUUGGGGCUCUUUCAGUUCCACGUGUUAGAAUGCUCAAUUAGGUAGGAAGCUGGAAACUGAUAUUCAAAUUAAAGAGAUUGUAUGUGACAACUGUGUCUUACAAUUGACUAAGUAUUUUUCAAUUGGUAACUGUAGUAAGUUGAUAAAUAUUCCGACUUGAGUUUAACCAUAAUUUAUUCUUGUGGGGCUAAUUUCCUGCCAAUUCUGGCCUACUCUAAUCAUGAAUAUAUCACGAUUGGCUCAUCGCUAGUGUGUUGCUAGAAAGGAUAUCAGAUUUGCCGCAUACCUUUGUUCCUAUAUCAGAAUUAAAUUUAGUUCCUCCUCCUACAAUGUGAUUAUUUCCGUCACACUUUGUGUGUGGCAAAUAUACAGUAAUAAACAUAUAGCAGAGUUUGUUUGUAAAUUAUUUUUUGCUAACAUUCACAAACUUUACUUCAUUAAAGUUAUCUUCGGAAACUACUUAAGUCAAUAGCUUGUGCAGCUCAUUGUCAGCUGUGCAGUACCUACGAAUUUAGUUGCUGAUCAUAUAGCAGUAAACUAACUUUCCAGUUAUAUGUUUUCACUUUGUACAGAGAACUUGCUGAAGCAUUCCAGUUUAUUGAUUUGGUAAAACUAAUGUCGAUGAACCACACCAAUCACAAACCUCAUCUGAGUUAGUUGCUUGGUGCUGAGAUGCCAUCUGUUGAAGGCAGUGCGACAGUAUUUGAUAACUGUGAGGAAGAGGAAAUUAGUGAAAAAUCAAAGCUGUGUUUACGAGUGGCUUCCACUGGAAAGCACAGAGUGCACGUAUUACUUAUCUACAGAAUGGCUUGACUGUAAUGUCUUCCAUGGGCAUUCACUGCCUAAACAAAUGAAUGAGAGUGCAACUUCCUUACAUGAUGGGUGCCUAAUUUUACUGUAUGACAAGGAGUAGAAGAGCGGUGAAAAUGACAGAGAAGUCCUGACAAAUGAACAUCCAAAUCAAAAGUAGAAGGUAGUUACGUGAAGGAUCCCAUAUUUACUUCUCUUAUUUCUUUGAUUAAUGUGCUUUUGAGCAGUGUUUUAGAGCUUUGUAAGUAUGAUAACUCCCAGCUGUCAUUAGUUGAUCAUCCUUAAGGGUAUUUCCCGUGGUGAACUUGUAUCCUAUAGAGUUUCAUAUAGCAAAUACAACUGCAAUGGCUUACAUUAAUGUUUGGAAAAUAGAACAAAAAGUACACCUUUGCUCUGCCCAUUCCCUCCUUCCUUGUUGUUACUUUGCUCCUGAAUAGGGCACAGCAAUCCAUUCUGUCUUGCAUCCCUUGCUCAACAUACUUUGAGAAGCUAUUGGAUGCACAAGUUUAUUCAGGAACGCUAAUCUCUUUUUGCCUUGCAGUGUCAUUUUAUUUUUGUCACACAAUCUCGACUGCCUUCCAUGCUAGCCCAGACCUUUUUCAUUUUUUUCUGUUCACCCACCUUUCCCUGCUAUAUGCUUGCUUGAAACUGUUAAGCAGCUAACUUUUCUCAAUCUGACUUGUUGGGUAUUUCCAGCAUUUUAAAAUUUAGAAUCAUCUACACGAGCAAGCGGUGUAAAUGAGAUACUGAGCAGUCUAGUACAGCGUUUGAAAUCUGGAAGAGUUUAUCUGUGGUUAUUUAAACUAGACAUUUAAACAAGCUCCUACAAAAUGUUUCAGAAAUUAGUCAAGUUUUUUACACAAACUUUGGCUAUCAGCCAGAUUUAAACAAUUGGCUGAUCAAACUUUUACAGUCUAUAGACAAAGACGUAGUGUAACUUGGGAGUUUUGCAACAACUGCAACUACGCAUCCACCAAAUGCUGUAAAUCACGAAGCAGAUCAGGCAGCAUUUGUGGAGCUAGGAAGGUAGGAUCAAUGUUUCAGGUUUUGGAACCUUUUGUCAAUUUUUUUAACAAGGAGACUGCAAAACUGGGAAAGAAGAAUGACCUUUCAGAAAGUGAGAAUUCUAAUCAAGUUGAAAUGAGUGGAACAGAUUAGGGAACAGAGGGUGAAAAUCGAAAGCAUUCAGUGAGUACAGAAAGUAGCAUAAGAAGAAUCCUUAAUAUGUUGGCUGAAAGAAGAGGUCAGGGAAGAAGUCUGAGUGGAACUGAAAUGAAAAAUGUAGAACAUAACAUUCAAAAUGGGAGGCAUCGCUUGGAACUAUGUGGGCUUCCAUAAAAAUGUUUUAUUUGGAGGAGUAAUUGAAGUUCAAGGAAGAAUUGUUCGAUGUGACAAAAUGGUCAAAAGAUGUGACAGAUUACCUCUAGGUUUCCCUUCCUAUGGAUGAGGCUAAGUGCUUUUGCAUUUUGUUUUAAAUUUAAAUUUUCAACAUCUGUAAUAUUUUGCUUUUCACAAUUCUGUUUUAUCUGAGUUUAGGAAGUCGAAGACAAUUUCAACCCAAAAUUGAUGUUCGGGCAUCUUCCUUUCAUGCCUUGUUUGAAGCACUUUUAACUUCAGUGAUUUUUCAAAAACAUUCAGCCUGAUGCAUUGAUGAAGUGUCCUUGUUCAUUGUCAAUAAGCAUUUUAGCAUGACUGAGUACUUUUUCCGGUUUGUACUGUGGCUGUAAGUUGAACUUUGCUCUUUCCAAACAAACAUAGUAGUAUUUAAUGAAGGUGUUUCCUUUAUCUUGACUGUGAUGUUUACCACUAUUUAGGAAUCAAGAGAAAAGCAAAACAAUUUUAUCCUAUUAUUUGGCAGAGACUUUUGAAUGUUGCUGACAUCUUGCUCAUGAAGAUCAAAAUUGUAUUCUACUCUUGAUUUGAAAGGAUGUUAGCGUUUCAAUGACAGUGUCCAUACUGCAACCUACACAGGCAAUAUUCCAUUCCAAUUAAUGUAAGUUAUUUUUGAGUUUAAUCAAAGUAAGGAGCUGUGCUCAGAUUAUACUGAGGAUUGUCCCGUUAAAGGACAGCUACAACUAUGCAGUGUCAAUGUUCUACUUUGGUAUUCUUUAAGAUUUUGUCACUGUACCAUGCUUUGUGACCAUAAUGUUUCGUGCUGGAAGAUGAUCAAGGGCUUCUCGCUUAAAAUAAUUUACCUGAAUAAAUAGAGCUAGUGCCCCUGUUCAAUGCCAUCUUACGUACACUAUUCUGGACCAUGUAACACUUUGUCUGAACAUAAUAUGUCUCUCUUUUACUAAUAUGUUCUCCAUAUUAAGGAGCAAGAUUACCUAGUUUAGGUUUUGCCUUUUGAAUCAAACCUGCAAGUAAAGUAACUAUGCCAGUAAUCAUUUAUGAAAUUAACUGUCCCCUACUCAACUGCCAGUUUCCCAAAGAAUGUGUGGAUGUAUUUACUUCAUUGUCUGAUGGACUCAUUGUUUAUAAUGUCCAGCUUUUCCCAAUUAGGUUUCUAUUUUCCCCAUCUCGUAGAGUGAUCAGGUUGCCCGCUCCACAGGUGCCCUUCCUGCUUAACAUUGGUAAGGUGUUGUCCCAGCCCAAGUAAGUAUGAGAAUAUCUGCAGAUGACAGAGCAAAUUCCUUUGUUACUGGAACUUAAUAAUGCAUUUUUUAAAAAACUCCCAAACAGCAUGGUGGUAAACUCAAGUCCCAACAGUAUGGUGAACACAACAUAAUUGUAUUGCACAUUUGCAGUAUUUGCUAAUAGUUUUGGAGAAUUGGGAAUUGUUGGGUGGUUAACACUCUGAGCUCUUCCUGGAUUUUCACCCCAUUGUGUAUAAGAUGUAUUCCCCUCUUGGAUCAUUUGUUUCUCAGUAUGCUAAAACUCUCUGAUUUAUCUUAAAGACAUCUGGGAAUCUCCAAAGGCUCUUGAACAGCUCCAGAACACAAGAUAUAACAUCUCUGAUUCCAUAUCCUUGUAUCCCAUCACCAGGGAUGUCCCUCUGUAAAUACAUCAACAUAUGCUAUACUUCCAUUACUUGUCACUUAAUUCAUUGCAUAGAAUCUACAACACAAAGAAAUCAAUUGUCCAAAUAACGUGGUAUUUAUGAUCCGUGCGUGCCAUCUAUCACUGAAUUUCGCCUACCUAACCUAACCUGGCCGACUGCCUAUUCUCCCACUUGGACAUGACUAGCUUUGCCUUUAAAUGACUUGUUGCCAUACAUCUCAUGUACUCCAUCCCAUAUUUUAACUACUGUCUGGUUAAAGAAGUGUCUUUACAAUUCUAUCUUGAAAUUUUCUGAAUGCCAACCCUGUCAAAUCCCUUUGUAAUUUUAAAGACCAAGGUCAGACAUAACCCCCCGCUCUGCCUCAGGCUAUUCAAACUUUUCUGGAAAUUAUAGCAUGUCAUUCUUGUAACACUUUUUUUUUGUACAAACUUGAAUGCCUAGAUUUUCUUUUUAUAAUGCGGAGGCCAGAAUUAUAUCCAAGAUUCCAAAUAAUAAAGUGAGUCAAAUUCAAACAAUUUUGCAUAAGCUGUCUUAGGUUCAGUAUGUCCAUGUGGCAGACCUGCUGCUGGUUAAGUUCUGUAUCCUCUCAUUUUUUUUCUUAAUUUGCAGCUGAUUUGUGUCAGUGAUCAAACUUUUUUGCUCAGCUGCACUGGUAUUAAUUUGGAAAGUCUCUGGUUUGUAUAUGGUUUGUGUGAGAUUCGUGCAGCUUGGAGAACCCCUCACCCCCCGCCCCCACUCCGGUCCUGACAAAUAACUUCAGUGUUACUUUUCUUCUUCAGCAUAAAUACACCUGCUUGUCCUGUUACGAGUCUAAGUUGUAACAGACCUCUGGUGCUCUGAUCUGGUUUAUGUUUUUUUCUGACAAUGCUGCUUGUAAUCAGUUGAUCUGUUCAGGUAAUACCUCACUUCGGGUGUAUAUUCAAUAUGUUCCAAUCAUGCAUUUUCUUCAGAUGCUUCCUUGAUUAAUGUAAUGUAUAAUUCAGCACUUGUACAAGUAUUCAACUGUUGAGAGCCCCACUGCUAUGCAAGACAUCAUCCUGUAAUCAAGUACUCGUCUUGUGGUCCUACCUUUCAAAGUGCACUAGAUGUAGAAUGCUGUUAUCUAACAGAAAUUGCUGAUUAGCUACAGAUGUGGCAAUAUAACACUUUUAGCUGGAUGUUAAAUUAGUAAACGCUGUUCAUACAUUCACUUCACCAUGUACAUGAAUGUAAAAACAUUUACCCUCAUUCAAAACCAAGGAAAUAAAUCACCAAUAACAAUUAGAAGACACAUCCACUCUGCUUUUAGUAACACUGUAUGACCUAAAAAUACCUACAAACACAGUGUACUAUUUGAGCUAUACCUGGCUAGUGACUAAAUCUUUUAAUGGAUGUGGAUGCCACUGGCAAGGGCAGCAUUUGUCAUUCAUCUACUCUUGUGAGUUAUCUUCUCAAACUUUUGCAGUCCCUGUUAUGGAGGUAAUACCCGCAAUGCUGUUAGGGAGGGUUUUUAACUCAGCAGCAGUGAUAAUAUUUACAGGUCAGGGUGGUGGCUUUAACUUACAUCUGUACCCUUGUCUCUGCUGCCCGUACUUUUCCAGGUGAUAGAGGUCAUGGGUUUUGAAGUUGCAGUCAAAAAAAGGCUUGAAGCUGCAGUGAAUCUUGUAUAUUGUACAAACUGCUGCUGCAUAUGUUGGAUAACACUGAUGUACAGUAAUAUGACAUCAUACUUAUUCCACCAACCUCUUUGUAUGGGAUUGAUGUUGAUCAUGAAUUUGAGAGAAGACAUUGAGAGAUUUGACCAGUCACCAUGUCUCUCAAGUUUAUCAUUUGUGGAGGCGACCCCAUUCCCUAGAAUUUUUAUUCAAGUAGAAUUUUUCAGAUUUCUUUUAGUGAAUCUUGACUAUUCAACAUAGUUGUCACUAUUUGCUGUAACACUACUGAUUCCCAUUCUGAUCUUUAGACAAGGUUGAUUUGAAUGAUCAACUAUUAUCUCUUACUCAGUUAUCUCUACUGAUCAGCUAUGAUCCACUGAGAUCCCGGUGGGCUCCGUUUUCCCAUGUUUUAUUGUGGUGGUCAGUAUGUUGCACAGUGCCUAAUUGCUUCCUGGUUGAUAAUUUCUGUGAGGUGCUAUACAAAUAAUACUCUGAUGUCUGCUUUAUCAAGCUGCCUGAAACAUGUUACUAUAUUAAAGGUGUGAAACAAAUUCCAAGUUGUACGUGCUGAAUUUAGUCCAUCGCGAUUGGAACGGUUGACGGACCAGUGUUUUAGAUUUGCGUCCUGAGUUUAGAUGGAUGAGAAAGCACUUGAAGGUCCAGUUUUUGCAAUGUAAUUUUUAUUGUCUGUGACACCUACAAUCAAGGAAUCUGCUGAUGGCUUCCAUUAGCUAGGAAAAUAUAUAAAGAAUCGUACACUUGAACAGCGGCUGGGAAUCACAGGAACAAAUCUGUUGAAAAUUGACAUGCCUUGGGUUGGAUUAAUAUUUCCUUAGAAAUCCUCCUGGUUGGGAUGUAUUUUGUUUAGGUAAAUUUGUCUUCAUUGGUUGAUUUUUAAAAUAUUAUAAUCAUGUCCAACCCCAAAGGCAAUCCAUUGAUCUGGUGUCUGAUAUCUAACAAUUAUGUGAAAGAUUGUCCAAUGACAUUUAAGAGUUCCACAUCAUACUUCAGGGCAGGAUGAAUAAACUGCAUAGAAUUUCUGAUUCUGAGAGUAGUCUCUUCCUUUCCUGUGGUCAGAGCUUGCUGCCAUUCACUUUUUGGCUCACACAUGAAAGAUGCUUACUUGUAACAAAAGUUACAGAUAUUUAAUAUGUCUGAGAUGUCUGCUUGAGUCCGUAUCUUGCACAUGAAUUGGGUAGAUGCAGGGUUUGCAGUGAUAUGGGCAUUAUUCUUUUCAGUGUUGUACUACUUCAGUUUUUGCACGUUUACCGCAUGGAUUCUGUACCAGUAUUUUAGUUUUUACUAAUCGGGUGCAUUCACACAGGUAGAAAACUGAGCAAAUCCAUUUCCUGCAAUAAAUAUAGAGACUAACCUGGCAAAUGGAUUUCUUUCCAAGUUGCGCUCUCUAGAGUAUUGGAAGAACAAAUGUGUUAAUGAUCUGCAAGAAUUUAUACAGAAUUCAUAUUUUUUUUCUAUUUUGAAAUUUUUGCAGCAUUGAUAACAAAUAGGUUCUAAACUAAUGUUAUGAUUUGGAAUUGAUACCAUGGCUGGCAUUGCCAAAGUUCAGUUCCAAGCCCCACACUCCUUUUCACCCAAAACCAGAUGUUAACCAUUCUUACAAAUCUUGGACAACACCAGUUUCUGCCCUCACCUUGGCUCCAAUAUGGUGCACCCCACAGUGCAAGAUUGGAAAUGUCUCAAGUAUAUCCAGGAACUUAAUGCUCAAAUCAUUUAAGUUUAAAGAAUUGUAGAUCAAUGAUUAUAAUUUACCAUCCUUUUACUCAGCUCGUUAUUGAAAUCUGGAUUUCUUUCCUUGAAUUCCAAGUUAAGUUUACAGUUUUAGCUGGAUAAUUAAAGUAAGACUUGCUAGUGACCACUUUUGGUAAAUUACAAGCUUAAACUUAGAGAGAUACAAGGUCUAACAACAAAUCAGCAUUAAAUGAGUGAAAUAUAAAAAUGGUAACACUACAUUAACAUGAAUUAGCAGCCAAAACCUGUUGCAAUUGUUUGCCUUUUUGAGUGAGCAUAGUUGUUCAAUGUGGACUGUUGCCUUAUCUCUUCAUUCCUCUAUCCCCAUUACUAAAGCAGUAUGAUAUACUAAUAAACAUCAUCUCACUCCAACAUACCGUCUUAUAAACAAACACACGCACUCAAAUACCGUUGAAAUUUGAUGACUCGUUGAAGCCUGAAAUAGUUUAAGCAGGUUAUUUGUUUGUUGACUGACCGUACUGUAUUUGAACACAGCCUUGUUGUUCUUUAUUUCUUUAAAGAAAAUGCAUGCACAGCAAUACGAUUCACCUUUUGUACAAGUCACAUAAUCAGUGUACAUUGGUUUCUUGCAGCCAACAUACCAGUGCACAGUUACAUCCAGAAUCCUCUUAGUUUUAUUAUAGUUUCCGGAAUGAAGGACAGUGUGUAGUCAGUGUAACAGAAUGGCUGUUGCAAAAAAAAUUGUAAAGAUUGUUUUGCUUGUGAAUAUUCAACUAUGAAAGAUUUGCUUACUUGGUUUUGAGAAGUCAUGCAGAUAUUGGAUGCAGAACAAGAGUUCAAACAGAGUACUCAUAUUGAUCACGGUUCAAACCCAUCUUGGAUGAUGACAGCAUGUCGUGUGGAUAGGAGCGGGGGUUAUUGUGAUCAAUCUAUGAUCAAAGAACUGCUAUUUAGGUUGACAUUAAAAAUGAUCACUUGGGUGAGGUACUGGAUAGCUUCCAAUUAUUACUUAUCAUUGCCAAGAAGAAUGUUUAAGAUGAGCAAGAACAAAAACAAAGUGGUUAAAUUCACCUUCAUAUACAUUGAGCAAUAUUUUGUAAAAUGGUACAACUUGUAGCACUAGUAUUUAAGGUACAGUGAAGGAAUGUCUUUACAGCACUGAUGGUAGCCUUUUGGCACAUGGCGCCCUCUUUACAAGACCUAUCCAGUCAGUCCUAUCCUUAUUGCCCAGCAAACUGAUUCCUCAAGUGCCCAUUUACUUUGCUCUUGAGAGUUGUUGCUGCGUCCGUCUCCCUUGUUGGCUUUAAGUCAUGACUACUCUACUUAUUUUCUUUUCCUUCCAUAUUUAAAAUGUGGCUGGUUAAAAUGAAGCAACGUUAAUCUUGAGGGAUAAAAUUAGUACCUAUUUUAUAUUCUGUUAUAAUUCACUCACUUGACUUUUAUAACUGGUAAAUAAUUUUCGAUGGCUUCUUUGGUCCCCUCCAUAAACCCUACACUAUUGUUCGAGAGACCAGGUUGUAUUGGUUAUUCUAAGGGUUGCUAGGCCAUUAGGUUCAAAUUACAAAACUGUAAGAGUAUGCAAAUACAAUACAGGGUGAUGGUACAUUGAUUGUAGACAUGGUUAGCAAAUUAAGGCAUUCUCAUCUAGAACUAAAAUACUUUGGAAAAGCCCUGGAAUACGGUGAAAUCAUGUAUAAAGCAUGGCACUGCUGAUAAUCUACCUAGUGGAAGAGGCAAAAUAUUUCUCUUGGAAGGUAACUAAUUUCAGAAGAUCAGUCUGCAAAUUAAAGUAACUGAAAGUAAUAGGACAGUAGGCUUACAAACAAAAGUGAGCUAUCGAAAAUAAAAGUGGUCUUUGUAUUCCGUAGGUUAGUGUCACCGUAUCUUUCCAGUUUCUUUUGAUGUAGUGCCUGAUACGUCUGUGUGUCUGUCAUUCAAUCUUACAGUUUAACAAAAUAAGCAUCGUAUUAAACAUGCAGUCAUGGUGCAGCCAGUUUCCUGAAUUGGAGUCCUGCUGCAGGGAAUAUUUGCGCAUUCUUCCACAUGCUCAUAGCAUUCCUUUUGAAGAUUGAAUAUUUAUUGCUUUUGGCUUGAAUAUUUUAGGUGCAAGAGAUUAAUUUCUGUGGUAAUGUCCAUAAAGUGAACGAAAUCAAUAUCUGUCCAUUUUAAUGGCAGUUGACUUAAAUACAGUAUUGAUAUUGAACUUGCAAAAAUUAUUACUAUUGUUCCAGACUUAAUUUGAAGUUUGUUAAUUAAGUCUUGCUGUAAGAAUUAUAAGUGUAACAUCAGUAAAACCUAAUUAUUGAUUUUAAUUGCACUGGGAAUUGUUGAGUGAUGUCAGUGGUGGAAUGUGUAAAGGAAUGGUAUGCCCAUUGAAGAAGGUUUACUCAGCAAACACCGGACAACAACUUGAGUUCUAAGCUCCACUGAAUUUGGGUCCGAGAGAAAUCCCAAAACUAGAGACUUAGCUUUUGGUCCAAUCAUCUGAGAGAAGAUGGGUGGGAUGGGGUUAGGACUUGUCUUUCACUGCUCAGGAUUUUAAAAGCUAGUACUAUUUUAGUCACCAGUCAUAGCUUAAGGCCACAGAUUGAACUGUCUCAUUGUCCUGAUUAAGAAUUGUUGAACUUCAAGGGGAGAGAGGAGAAAAUAUGUAUAUUGCAUUGUGUCAGUUUGAUUAAUUUUUCCUGUAUAUCAAACAAUAUCAAUUGAAGCCAGCAAAUUAAUAAAAAUAUUCAGCUCCAGGUAAAAUAGUCGUAUAAAGGAAAGUUUUUGGUGUAUCAGCCCAAAUUUAUUUUUUCUCCUCUUUAUGGUCUCCCUCCACUGUGUCCCUGUUUUUAAAAAAAAAAGAUUGUAUUUGUAUUUUCUAAUUUUGUAGUUUAGCAAGACAAGCUGCUUCAUAGAGCGUUUUAAAUUCUCCGGAGCUAGCAUGAAGCAGAAUUAAAGCUGCACUAGUCAGAACAACAAACUAUAUGCUGCAUAUAUACCACGUUCUCCUGCUGUCCUCAGCAUUUAGCAAAGCCAAAUUUGAUUUCACUCUUACUGUGAAAUUAGUUGUGUCAUGCAAAUAAACCUCUUCAGUCAUCAUGAAAGAGCUUGUCCUGACUACCACCAUGCAAAUUCAUUGCUACUUUUCAUAUUAUAUUUAGAAUGCCCAAAAAGUCUGUGGUCAUAUUUACAUGCAGUUAUUAAUUUUUUAAAAAUUGAAUUAUCUGAGAAAUAUUUACAUUGGUUAAUGCUACAAAUGAACUAUUCACAAUGAGUGGCAUAUUGGUAUUUUUAAAAGGCUUAUAAAGCAUUAGGGUAGAGCAAUACUUGAUAGUUUACAGCCUUUCAAAAUUAACUAAGUUCUUUUUAACACCUAACCAUUAUUAUUUUAUAAAUUGUAUGUUUUUCAGUUAUAACUUAAGUAUUGAAAUUGUACUGAAGAAUGAAGAUUGCAACAUCAAUUUAGGAUAUUUGGUGCAACCCAUUUGUACCCGAAUACAUUGAUUUUAUUUUUAAAAUCAGUAGCAAUCCUCUGAUGGAAGUGUUAUGCAGUUUUAGUCUCGGAAUACGGGCUCUGUGAUGUUUUGUGAUGGUGAUAUGAAGGAGAGAUAUGUGGGAGUAAUUUAGAAGAAGAGAGGAUGAGUGGAGGGGAGAGAGAAGCUGCUUAGUGCACCAGGUUUUUAAGCAAAAUAAAACCUAACUUUAAAUUUUUCAUGAUAGAAUUAAGGCCUUUCAGUUUGGAUUGUCAGAGUUAAUAGUUGUUAGUCCUUGUUGAAAAACCAUGGCACCCAUUGCUUCUUCAGAGUUUGCAGCCCCAAACAUUUGACUUUAGUUCCACUGGACAUCCUGAUCCACAGUUUGGGAAGUCCCAGAUCAAGCUGAUGACAGCAUGCUUGACUCUUGUCCCCUAGAAAACAAUAAGGAAAUCAGUGGUUUUAUGUAAGAUGAUCUAAUUGAGGGUGUGGUACUUGUGAAGUAUUUGUACUGGAGUAUCCCUGAUUAGUACAUCAGAAUUUUUAAAUAAUUUAGAAAUUUUGUGUAAUUUAAAUCUUGUUUUUUGUCAGUUAGAAUGACCUGCACUGCUUAGGUGGCUCUUGAUAACUUCUUGCUAACCCCUUCCUCACCUCUUGCUGCCAAGCAUCUUUUGAGAUAUCUUGCUCUGUACAGCUUUUCCUCUCUUGAAGGGGAAAGAGGUAGCUGUUGUGCUUUGAGACUCUCUGCUCUUUGACUGUCUAAAGAAUACCUUAAAAUUCCCCUAUUAACAGAGAGGGAAAGAGUUUGCCUUCACUUUCUCCUUCCUCAACACUGUCAUUACUUAUGUAAUGUCACUUCCCGCUACUUUAUAGUUUAGCAGUACCACAGGGCUGCGCAUUUUUUAAAUUGUCAGAGAGACCAUCUACUAAGUGUGAAUUACUGUUACUCAAUAUUUGGAUUGCUUUGUCACUGUGGCUUGGAGUUUUAACUGAUAUGCUCAAGAUUACGUGAUGAGUUACGAAAAGCUAAUAAUGCAAGAAUCAAGAAGGAUGUGUCUCAUGUCUUUCUCAUGCCUAAAUAUAUCAAUCACCAGAACUGGCACUGUAGAUAAUUUUAUAGCAAAAAAUGAAUUGCACAUUGAAGGAAUGACUGAAUUUCUGGCAAAUACUGAUGGGAUGAAAGUCUGCCAUCAGUUUUAUUGCCCUAGCUCCAAAUGACCUUGUGACAGUUUAACUCUACAUUUGGCAUGUGCUUGAAUCCAGAAUUCUCUCUAGAUCAGGAACUUAACAUGUACUGCAAGUAUAGCCUUAAAAAAAAUUACAAAACUCAUGGACACGUAUUGAUUGGUCUCCAUCGUGUGCAUGUUUGCCUUUUGCAAUUAUUUCUUUUAUUAAAACAAAAAUGCAAGCUAUUACAAGUUGCACUGGUAUGAAUCCCCAAUAUUUAGAAAACUAUUAAAAACAGGAAUGGAGUUAUAAUUUACACUAAUAUUAUAACAAUUAAAGUUCCUACAACGAGCUUCGUUCUUAAAAUUAUUUAUAAGUCUUCUCUUAUUAUAUUUAAUCAUUGCUUCUAUGGCAUUGCUUUAAUCAUUUACAUUAUUCUUAGUAUUUAAUGACUUCUAGAGUUAAUUGGUGUACCUUCUGAAUUCAGAAAUGAGCAAUUCUGUAUUAGUUUUGUGCCUCCCAGCUUUAGAAAUACUGGUAAAUAUGUUUGGUUCAGUUUCUCCAGAAUGUGUAACAAUCUUUCCCCUUUCUCUCAUUAGUACUGAUAAGCCACAGACUACAUUGUGGUAGUGGAAUAUGGCAUCUUGGUUGAGAGGAUACAGUGGGUGUUUGUCUGCCUUUUUGUCUGCUGUACAGCAAAGUUAGUUAGAUAACAGCUAUGGAUUGUGUCUACUGUGAAGAGGUUAUCUUGCUAACUUGCUAUUCAGCUGGAAAUGAAUGACAAACUAUCCACUCCGUAUUUGUUGAAACCCCUUGAAGGGGAUUUAAAUAAGUAGUCUGUCAUCAAAAAAAUGUGUUCUCUGACCAUAAAAAGAACCCCAGAUACAAUGUUCAAAGUAACUGGUGGCAACUGUUACUAAUAUUCUUACAGACAAAAAUGAUAAUAGAAUUUUCAAAUGAUCAUAACCUUUUGAGUUGUAUAAUAUUGUUAGGAAAACAAACUACUGUGAAUGCUGGAAAUCUAAAAUAAAAACAGAAU